UAGACAUGACGCGCACGGAGACGGCGACCACCUGCCUCCUGGAGAAGCCGCCGAUCGACAAGAAAGUCAAGAGACACAGCAUCCACGGCAUGAUGGAGGAGGAGAACGUCAUCAGGCCCCACCAGGAGAUCGCGCAGCUCACCCUAGACGAAAAGAAGUUCCUGCUCGCCGUCGAGAGGGGCGACGUGGCUUCCACUAGGCGCAUGCUCCAGAGAGCAGAAGAGACCGCCUACAUCAACAUCAACUGCGUGGACCCGCUAGGUAGAAGCGCCCUGUUGAUGGCCAUCGACAACGAGAACUUGGAGAUGGUGGAGCUGCUGAUAGAACACCGGGUGGAGACUAAAGACGCACUGCUGCACGCCAUCUCCGAAGAGUUCGUGGAAGCCGUGGAGGUGCUCUUGGAGCACGAAGAGACCAUCCACAAAAAAGGAGAGCCCCAUAGCUGGGAAGCAUUGCCACCGGACACGGCGACGUUCACUCCUGACAUCACGCCGCUCAUCCUGUCCGCCCACCGGGACAACUACGAGAUAAUCAAGAUCCUGCUCGACAGGGGCGCCACCUUACCCAUGCCGCACGACGUCAGGUGUGGGUGCGACGAGUGCGUGACUUCUCGCAUGGAAGACUCCCUGAGGCACUCCCGCAGCCGGAUCAACGCCUACCGAGCCCUAGCGUCACCCUCGCUUAUCGCACUCUCCUCCAAAGACCCCAUCCUCACCGCCUUCGAACUCUCCUGGGAAUUACGCAGGUUGAGUUUCAUGGAGCACGAGUUCAAGAGCGAGUACCAGGAGCUGCGGAAGCAGUGCCAGGACUUCGCCACUGCGCUUUUGGACCACACGCGCAGCUCCUACGAGCUGGAGGUGCUGCUGAACCACGACCCCACGGGACCAGCCUUCGAGCACGGAGACAGGAUGCACCUGAACAGACUGAAGCUCGCCAUCAAGUUGCGCCAGAAAAAGUUCGUAGCACAUUCCAACGUCCAGCAAUUGCUGGCCUCCAUCUGGUACGAGGGACUGCCCGGCUUCCGUCGAAAAAAUAUGGUAUUACAAGCCCUGGAAAUCGUCCGCAUAGGCAUCCUCUUCCCGUUCUUCUCCAUCGCCUACAUCGUGGCGCCCCACUCGGUGGUGGGGCAGACGAUGCGGAAGCCCUUCAUCAAGUUCAUCUGUCAUUCCGCCUCCUACUUCCUCUUCUUGUUUAUGCUGAUACUGGCAUCCCAGAGGCAGUACCUCCAGUCCAUAUUUGGGGUGGAGGAAGAACUAGAACUCUCCACACAGAGAGGUGCAAAACCGUCCUUAGUAGAAUGGAUAAUCUUAUCAUACGUUAGUGGAUUAAUAUGGAGCGAGAUAAAGCAGCUGUGGGACGUCGGCCUCGAAGAAUACGUCCGGGACAUGUGGAAUGUCAUAGACUUUAUUACGAAUUCGUUGUAUGUAGCGACGGUAGCUUUAAGAAUCGUUUCCAUAUGGCAGGUCCAGAAGAACCCGGACGCAGCCAAAAUUAGGAGAGAGGAAUGGGACGCAUGGGACCCCAUGCUCAUCUCGGAGGGACUGUUCUCUGCUGCGAACAUAUUCAGUUCGCUGAAGCUGGUGUAUAUAUUUUCCGUAAAUCCACAUUUGGGACCACUGCAGGUUUCUCUAUCGAGAAUGGUUAUGGACAUUAUGAAGUUUUUUUUCCUCUACGUCCUCGUAUUGUUCGCCUUCUCCUGCGGCUUGAACCAGCUCUUGUGGUACUACGCCGACGCCGAGAGACAAAGGUGUCGACAAGAGUCCGGCGACAACCGCUUCCCGAACAGGGGCGUCAAUGAUACCGAGCCCGAUUCCAACGCUUGUACCAUUUGGAGGAGAUUUUCCAACUUGUUCGAGACCAGUCAGACGUUAUUCUGGGCGGUGUUUGGGCUGAUAGACCUGGAAAGUUUCGAGCUUAAUGAGAUCAAGAUCUUCACCAGAUUCUGGGGUAUGCUCAUGUUUGGCACAUACUCAGUCAUCAAUAUCGUGGUGUUGCUGAAUCUGCUGAUCGCCAUGAUGAAUCAUUCCUACCAGCUGAUCUCGGAGCGGGCCGACACCGAGUGGAAGUUCGCCCGCAGCAAGCUGUGGAUCAGCUACUUCGAGGAGGGAGGGACGGUGCCGCCCCCCUUCAACAUCAUCCCGACGCCCAAAAGUUUGUGGUACAUCAUCGAGUGGGUACGGAGAAAGUUCUGCGGACACUCGAGGGCUGCGAAGAAGGAGCACAUGCGGACAAUUAGGCGAAAAGUGAAGCAAGCGAGUGAGAGAGAUUUCAGAUAUCAGGGAAUCAUGAGAAACUUAGUUAGGCGUUACGUGACGGUAGAGCAGAGGAAGGCGGAGAACCAGGGCGUCACGGAGGACGACGUGAACGAGAUAAAGCAGGACAUCUCGGCGUUUCGCUUCGAACUCAUAGAAAUCCUGAAGAAUUCCGGCAUGAACACGUCUACUGCCCACAGCGGAAUGGGUACUGGCGGCAAAAAGAACCGUCAAAAGGAACGCCGCCUUAUGAAAGGCUUCAACAUAGGCCCACAGCCAUCCACCUCCUCGGGGUCCCUCCCACCCGUAGCCGAGUUCAUCGCGUCCCUCCAACACCACCACGAAGGCCACCAUCACGACUUCUUCGGUUCCACCUUGUCCGGGAUCUUUAACUCCACCACUCACAGGAAGCUCCACCAGCACAGCAGCACGGUGUCUUCUUCGCAGGGUAGCAUCAACGAGGGCCAUCACCAUCACCACCUUUACAGAUUGAACCUGAAGCGGAGCCAUUCCCACAAAAGGCGGUGGGGCACCCUGAUAGAGGCAGCCAAGACAGGCAAAGUGUCCAGGUUGAUCGGGCGCUCGAGAUCUGAAGAUUCGGUGUGUAACAACUGUCGCGACGCCAACGGCGACGGUGGUCGUCGCUCUCGCUCCCACAGCAACAGUCCGGCCUCCGAGGACAACUGCUCUGUUAGCCUGUCGGACUCCAAUCCUAGCUUGGAUGGGGCACCAGAGGGACAGAGGAACCCCGAGAGGGAGCUGCACGGGAUAGCUCACGGCUUGGCUUUGCUUAAGAAGAAGAGGAAGAAGUUCUCCGCUUCUAGGAACACUAGUCCAAUAGUUCCUCCGGCCGACCCUAAAGAGUCGAUCGUGCCCAAAAAGAUAGGACCGAAAAAGUUUCAGCAAGUUCUGAAGCGCGCUUCUAGCGUUCCCACGAGAGUGCCGGAAAUAAUCCAAAUCCUGCCGCGCCACGAGAAGACCCAGUCCCAGCAGGACUCUAUGGAGGUGCCAACAACCGUAGCGCAUACUCUGACUCCGUCGACCACCGAAGAAAGCGUCACCACAGUGGGUCCCUCCAUGACAGUCAGCGGUACCUCCAGAGAGCCCCUCAUGUACAACUACUCUUCUUCCAGCAAUCCAGCCACCGGUUCAUCUCAGACUCCCGACGACGAAUACAAGCCCAACACGUCCCAGUCUUUGCCGAAACUGCCAGGAGUCAUUCCUGUCAGCGGCCACAACGGACCAACCGGAUGGUUGUAG